UUUUUAGUUACAUGAACGCAGCAUGAAUUUCCUGAAGCGACAUGGUCCUAAAUGAGUGAUAGUUUUUUUUUAAAUACUUGAUGAACUUCAAACUAUGGACGACCGUCAACUAGACCUGACUGAGGCACAGGAAGCUGUCAAGUCAAAAUAUCCUCCGAUCAACAAGAAAUAUGAAUACCUGGAUCAUACAGCAGAUGUACAGAUUCACUCCUGGGGAGACUCUCUGGAAGAAGCCUUUGAGCAGUGUGCCAUGGGCAUGUUCGGAUACAUGACUGACACAGAGACCGUAGAGCCUCUGGAUACUGUUGAAGUGGAGUCAGAAGGUGAGGAUAUGGAGUCUCUUCUCUUCCACUUUCUAGAUGAUUGGUUAUACAAGUUUUGUGCAGAUCUCUUCUUUGUACCCAGAGAAGUAAAAGUUUUGCACAUUGACAGAAUGCAUUUUAAGAUUCGCUCCAUCGGGUGGGGCGAGGAAUUCUCCAUAUCAAAGCAUCCACAGGGGACUGAGGUCAAAGCCAUCACAUACUCUGCCAUGCAAAUUCAUGAUAAGGAAAAACCAGAAAUAUUUGCCAUCAUUGACAUCUGAACCCUUCUGGAGACAGAAAACACUCCUGAUGAAGAGCGACUGAGUUUCAACUUCUAAAUCAUUUUACAAAUCAACAAAUACUUUUAUUUGAAUAAUUUUUACUGAUGAUUCAAAAUAAAAACUUUUCAACAUUGA